CGCCUUGCACAGUACAUCAGAAGACACCAGCCACAACUCAGUUCAUUUGCCCGUGUUGCACUAGCCUCAGCGCCAAUACUCUUGCCGACUUCAUCCAUCAGCCUCGCUGUUCCUCAGCAGCAUUUCUUCCAAACUCUCCGGGUCACUGCGGACACAAAUCAUGUCAUAGACUUCAUCAAUCGCCCGGGAGAGGUCAUCAUGGCUGCCAACUACUGGGAGUCAACCCAGCGUCGCUUCUGGCUCUUCUCCAAAGACGAGCUUCAAGCCGUGCGCCAGAAACUCGAAGACGACAACGCCGACCUCGUUCAGAUGUUUCCUCUCCCGCAACAGCGGCACCUGGGCAUAUACUUCAACCAGCAGGUCAAUCGGCUCGGUAAACGCAUGGUUGUCCGACAGCAGGCCAUGGCCACAGCCCAGGUCUAUAUCAAACGCUUCUACACCAAGGUCGAAAUCCGGCGAACCAACCCGUACCUGGUUAUCGCUACCGCGCUAUAUCUGGCCUGCAAGAUGGAAGAGUCCCCGCAGCAUAUUCGCCUGAUCGUCAGUGAAGCUCGCUCCCUGUGGCCCGAUUUCCUCGGUCUGGACACCUCCAAGCUCGGCGAGUGCGAGUUCUUCAUGAUCUCCGAGAUGAGCUCUCAGCUUAUAGUUCAUCAACCGUACCGAACCCUGAACAACUACCAACAGGAGCUCAAUUUGACCCAAGAGGACGUUGCUCUAGGCUGGUCCAUCAUCAACGAUCACUACAUGACAGAUCUACCGCUGCUACACCCGCCACACACUAUAGCACUUACAGCAAUCUUGCUUGUGCUGGUUCUGCGGCCCUCACCCAGCAUGUCAGGUUCGAAUCCACCCUCCGCCGCCGGCAUUGCUGCUGCAAGCGCAGUGCUUACUCAGGCUCAUGGCCGAGUGCCCGGACUGCCUCCGACUCCUGGAACACCGAAUCCUGCCGAUAAAGAAAAGCAACCGGAAGCUAGGUUCAGCCGGGUCCAACGGUAUGGCGCAUGGCUGGCCGAGAGCAACGUUGAUAUUGCUGCAAUGGUUGACUGCACUCAAGAGCUGAUUUCAUUUUACGACUGUCACGAGCAGUACAAUGACAAGCUUUCUCGGGAGCAAAUAAACCGCUUCGUCAAGGCGCGGGUUCUUGACAAGUGA